UCAAUUGAAGGACAAGUAGGUCAAGGUCGUCAGGUAAACAAGUCAAAGGCAAGUAACCGUGGUUCGACUGUGUUAUCGGUACAAAGAAGAGUUAAAAUUUGUCCCAUCUGUCACAAACUCGUAUGAAUUACCACUGUCCUAAUUUAAAUCUAUGUCUUUAACUAACAGAUAUAGCGUGGUAAAGCAGAAGCACUUAUGCUUUAACUGUCUCCUUUCGGGUCACGGUACAAGAGAUUGCAAAUCACAAUUAUGUCGGCAUUGUGGUAAGAAACAUAAUUCUAUGUUGCAUGGAUUACCGUACCAGUCUAGAAAUGCUACUUCCACAUCUAAUAAAGCAGAUGAAGCACCUACUAGUGCGCUAGUGCCAUCAGAACAACCACAAGCUAGUUCUACGAGUUCAAUAACUGUACCUGAUAGUUCUGUCGCGGUUCAUAAUGCAUGUACAAGUACCCAAGUCUUAUUAGCCACCGCAGUUGUUAUGGUGCAAAACAGUCGCGGUAAAAGGCUUCCAUGUCGCGCCAUAUUGGACAACGGAUCGCAAAUCAACAUAGUGACACAAAAAAUGGCCAGGCGCUUAAACUUGGACGUUAAAAAUGCCAUGUUACCGAUUUGUGGAAUUAAUGGGGUUAACACAAGGUCAUCUCAAUGGACAAAUUUAUCUUUCUUCGCUGUUCACUCUCCAUUCAGUAAAACUAUUGGUUGUCACAUAUUGCCAGCUCGUUGCCGUCACGGUCCUUCGACGUUAGUGGAUGGAGUCUACCCGACAAUGUACGAAAUGCGUUGGCAGAUCCUGAGUUCAACAUAUCGUCAGAAGUAGAUUUAUUAUUGGGCGCUGAGAUAUACUAUGAGCUAAUUCGUUCACAGCCGAGAUCGGAA